UCGGACGAGAGGAGCAGUGUGUCUGAAACAUUCAGCACAGGCUCUCCCUCCAUUUUAAACAUUUUGUAUAUAUACAUAUUUCUAUUUUUUUCUCGAGAAAGAGCAUAGUAGAGCACCAUGUUGUCGGUCAGUUCAGCCCAUCAGCUCUGCAAAAUGUUUCUCUCUUUGCAUCUUGUUUUCCUGAGCGUAGCGUUUGUGGACAGCAGUGUAUCUAAUGGAAAUCCUAAAGACUGCAUGAGAUCCAAUGGUGAGGAGUACAGAGGGGAACAACGGAGCUCUUCUUCAGGUCUGACCUGUCUAAACUGGACCAACUGUACAAGAGACUAUGAUGUUAAUAUCCGUCCUGAUUCACAGACAGGUGUAGGAGAUCAUAAUUACUGUCGAAACCCUGACUCCUCUGAGAGGCCUUGGUGCUACAUUGCCUCCCCGGAUGGGACCGUCCAGAGGCAAUUCUGUUCCAUUGACACAUGCGAAGAUAAAACCUCCACUGUGGAAGCAAAGGCCGAAUCCCCCAUCCCAACAAGAGCAAUUACCACCACAGGGAGCGCUCAGCCUGCAAAGUCGAGAGCUUCUCAAGGGGAAGUUGCAGCUGUGCAGCCAGUAAUGGGCAUCAGCCAGCGGGUCCGCACAGGACCCAAAAAGAAGAAGGACCUUGGCACUCUUGGCUAUGUCCUCGCUGUCGUCAUGAUGGCCAUUAUAAUCGUUCUCGGAGCAGGCAUCACAUUUGGCUAUUUCUAUAAGAGGGGCCAGGACCUUAAGAAGCAGCAUGAGCAGCGAGUGUAUGAGCGUGAAAUGCAGAGGAUCACCCUACCCCUGUCGGCUUUCUCCAACCCCACAUGUGAGAUAGUAGACGAGAACACCAUUGUGAUUUCUGCAGAGCAAGAGACGACCCCUGUCCUGGAGGAAGCAGAGGGCGGGGACCCGCUCAUGGGCCAGCAAGCCGGUACCCCUGGGGCAUGAGUCGUAAAUGUGUCUUCCUCAAGCGGAGGACUUGUAUACGUUUUAGUGGACCAAAACACUACCACAUCCUUUUCUCCUUUCCGCCUCCCGGAGUGACCUCUGUUUUUAAAAGGAAUAGGGAAGCAGUGUUUACUCCAAAGACUUCAACUGAAUGCUGCGUCCUUUGUGUCCCAUUCCCGUUUGAUUUUACACAUCUUGAGUCACAAAUGAGAUUAGCUGACACUGGACACAGAGACACAGGAGGACAUUAUUUCACAACAACCAGAAACCUUCAAGGUGAUUUGGGUUGUUAACAAAUAUUGAGGUCUUCAAAAUUCAUGUUUGAUAUAUUUGAUCGCCAAACAAAUAUCAUGGUCAUGGGCUGCCCGAUUAAAUAACAGUAUGAAAAUCUAGUCAAGUGAGCGUUGACUAGUCAGUGUUAAUAAUGAUGUGUGAUGAAUCCAAUGCUUUGUAAAGAGAUGGUGUUUGGAAUGAGGG